CUAGGAGCUGCAGGCUCCCUUCCAGCCAGAGGAAAAGCAAUGACACCUGACUCUUAGCCAGCCGGGGGCGGAGCAGAGGUGGAGCUAGGGAGACCCAGGUGGCCUCUGAAAACCUGAGCAGAGGCGGCGGAGUGGCCUGGAGCAGCAUGCCGCAGAGCUGGGGGCCAGCACUGCUCAUCCUGGCAGCCGUGGUCCUCGUGGAGGGUCUUCAAGCAGCUCAGCCCGUUUGUGGGCAGCGUGGCCCUGGCCCCCCUGAGCCUCAGGAGGGCAUCACAGUACCUGGCGAGUGGCCAUGGCAAGCAAGUGUGAGGCGGCGGGGGGUCCACCUCUGCAGCGGGUCCCUGGUGGCAGAUACCUGGGUCCUCACUGCUGCUCACUGCUUUGAAAAGGCAGCAAUGACAGAACUGAACUCCUGGUCAGUUGUCCUGGGUUCUCUGCAACGUGAGGGGCUGAGCCCAGGGGCCGAGGUGGUGGGGGUGACAGCUCUGCAGCUGCCAAGGGCCUACAACCACUACAGCCAGGGCUCAGACCUGGCCCUGCUGCGGCUCGCCCAGCCCACGGCCCACACACCCCUCUGCCUGCCCCAGCCCACCCAUCGCUUUCCUUUCGGGACCUCCUGCUGGGCCACAGGCUGGGAUCAGGACACCAAUGGUGCUCCCAGGACUCUGCGGAAUCUGCGCCUGCGUCUAAUCAGCCGCCCUACCUGUAACUGUCUCUACAACCGGCUGCACCAGCGGCUGCUGGCCAGCCCAGCUCGACCUGGGAUGCUGUGUGGGGGUGCCCAGCCUGGGGUGCAGGGUCCCUGUCAGGGAGAUUCUGGGGGCCCCGUGCUGUGCCGUGAGCCAGAUGGACACUGGGUUCAGGCUGGGAUCAUCAGCUUUGCAUCAAGCUGUGCCCAAGAAGACACCCCCGUGCUGCUGACCAGCACGGCUGCUCACAGCUCCUGGCUGCGCGCUCGAGCUCAAGGGGCAGCCUUCCUGUCCCAGAACCCGGGGACCCCGGAGAUCAGUGACGAGGACAGCUGUGUAGCCUGUGGAUCCUUGAGGAGAGAAGGCCCCCAGGCAGGAGCCCCCUCCCCAUGGCCCUGGGAUGCCAGGCUGAUGCACCAGGGGAAGCUGGCCUGUGGUGGAGCCCUGGUGUCAGAGGAGGUCGUGCUGACUGCUGCCCACUGCUUCAUUGGGCGCCAGACCCCAGAAGAAUGGAGCAUCAGGCUGGGGUCCGGACUAGAGGAGCGGGGCCUGAAGCAACUCAUCCUGCAUGGGGCCUACACCCACCCAGAGGGGGGCUAUGAUGUAGCCCUCCUGUUGCUGGCCCAACCCGUGACACUAGGCCCCAACCUUCGGCCGCUCUGCCUGCCCUAUUCUGACCACCAACUGCCUGAUGGGGAACGCGGAUGGGUCCUGGGGCUGCCCCGCCCAGAAACAGGCACCAGCUCCCCUCAGACAGUGCCUGUGACCCUCUUGGGACCCAGGGCCUGCAGCCGGCUGCGUACAACUCUUGGGAGCGACAGUGUCCCCAUUCUGCCAGGCAUGGUGUGUUCCAGUGUCGUGGGUGAGCCACCCCACUGUGAGGGCCUGUCUGGGGCACCACUGGUGCACGAGGUGAGGGGCACAUGGUUCCUGGCUGGGCUACACAGCUUUGGAGAUGCCUGCCAGGGCCCUGCAAGGCCUGCAGUGUUCGUGGCGCUUCCCGCCUAUGAGAACUGGGUCAGCAGCUUGGACUGGCAGGUCUACUUUGCUGAGGAGCCAGAGCCCGAGGCCGAGACUGGAAGCUGCUUGGCCAACACAAGCAAACCAGCUGGCUGUUGAUAGGUGGCUCUGGGAUGCUGCUGCAGACACAGACA